AUGACCACUUGUGCUCAAUGCAAAUUGAAUAUUUCCGACGACAACCAUGGGAAUAAUAUUGUUAAAUGUGACAUAUGCAAUCUGGAUUACUGUGGGAGCUGUUUUCCUGUGAGUGUUACCGAAGUCAGAGUAAUUCCACUGAAGAAACGGGUACUUUUUAUAUGUUGUCCAAAUUGUCGAUCAGCUGUGAAACGAAGCAAAUACCAUGCUGAGAAAAUCCGACAUAUGGAAGAAGAGAUUCAGUUGCUCAAAUCUACCAUAGCAGAUAAAAUCACGAUAAUUUCAGAUAAGACCAAAAUUAUAGACCUACUACAUAAGGAACAGCAAGAUAUGCCCUCGAACAUGCCCUCUGUCAGGGCUGCUGAUGAACAUGGUGAGCUUGAAGGCGCACAAAUUACACUAUCUCAAGUAGGACGAGCAGUAGAUUCGGCUAUGGCACACAGCAAUGUGGAUAUACAAGCCCAAGCGAAAGAUGGCCAGUCUUCCAGUGCAUCAAUCACAAAGAAUGCUGACUUUGUUGGUGUAGUUCGGCAUAAUGGGAAUAAUAAAGAUGUCCAAUCCAUAAAAAAUAGCCAGUUCAUAGGAGUUCCAAAGAAAAAAUGGCUACAUGUAAGCCAAGCACAAAACAGUGCUACAUGUGAGUCGGUGUUGGCGUAUGUUAAGAAUAAAGCCAGCAUUACAAAUCGAGGGGAAAUCUCAGUUGCUCAACUAAGAACCAAAGGUGACACAUCAUCAUUCAAGGUGGGAAUAGACAGUAAAUAUAUACCACAGGAGAAAAAUUCGAAACAACACAUUGGAAAAGCUAAAUCGUUCCAUAAAUUGAAUUUUGAUUUAAUAAAAGAUUUGCCAGGCAUAUGGAAAGAAAAUUAG